CUAAUAUUCAAUAAUACUAAGGACAAUGGUUCUUAAUGUUUCUCAUGAUAUCACUCCACUCGACUCCAAUCACCGUUUGACUCUUUAAUUCACCGUCACGAGAGCAGGUAACUAGGCUGAAUACUUUGCAAAAGUACGUCACCGCUUUGUGCACUUCGUAGCAAAUUAUGCUUCGAUAGUGCUUUUUCCGUCUCUAGUCUUACAACAGAAGCAGUCUCACUCCAAAUCUCACCAUGGCUCCCAAGUCCGCUGCCGGGGAGAAAGCUCCCAAGAAGGAGCAGAAGGUGACCGAGAAGGCCGAAAAAGCUCCGGUCGAGAAAGCUGACGAAAACAAGGAGAAUGUCAAGCCAGAGCGUCCCAAUGAGGAGGAAUUCAAGAAGAAACUUGAUGCCGUCGCGGCGGAGAUCGACAAAAGAAAGGAGGAAAUGAAGAAACUCACCGAAAAGAUCGAGGAGCGAUCCCAGGGUACUUUUUGUAUCACACUACCACAUUCGGAUACAACUAUCUGCAUCACAACUUCGUGAGAUGACAUUUUUGAGGUGACCAAACCCGACGGUAAAUCGGGCUGCUGUGUAAAGGAACAUGAGUGAAUCCUGUAAUAUGUGCUUCCAGCAGGCAUUCCAGCCGCUUCGAUAUGCACGCUUCACUCCCACUCGUGGUUAUUUGAAAAUUUAGAUUUAGAUUUGAGGUUUUUAACAUGUUUUUGAAAAUUUCGAAUCAGAUUUGACUAUUCUAGCCUGUGCCAUUGUUGUGUAAUUCGAGCACGUGCCAAGAUCGUAGUCUCUCGUCAAGCGGUAGCAACUACAUAUCUUUAUUUGUAAUUCCAACAGGCAAGGAGGCGUUCGAUACCGACCGCACGAGCCUGUACAACGAUAUGAACACCGUGAAGGCUGAGCGUGACGCCCUCAUUGAGCAGAAGAAGAAUCUCAGAGAUGGCAUGCGGGAGCAGUCCAAGGCUGGUAUCAUGCUUCCACUUAAACAUGCUUUUGAUGAGGCUCUGCCAACGACGGCAAGAGCAGAUUUCAUCUCGAGAUUGACGAGCUUUCCAUCCUAUACUGUCUGCUAUGGGCUUUGUCUCCCGUGUGAAUCAUGUCGUUGCUUGGUCACUAGGCUUGCUUUUCGUCCAAAUCUUAACUAUGAUGUUGAGCAUCGUCGCCUUAACAAAAAUCUUUCAGCCAAGGAGGCGGAGAAGCAAUUGAAAAAUCUGGAAAAGGAUGUCACGCACCUCACCGAAGAAGGUAUCGAUAAGGAAAUCGCCGCCAUCGAGUACAAGAUCCAGACCCAGUCUAUGCCUUUGAAGGAAGAGAAGGGACUCAUGAUGCAGAUUAAGAAGUAUUUCACGUCUUUUGUUUUGGAGAUUCUUCUGUGAAUAUUUUGCGGAGCGUCUGUGUCAUCUUGAAGCGUGAGGUCUUGGGUAUCGCUAUCGUUCUAUGACACAGAGUAUUGAUUGAUGCACGGGGGGCUUGUGCUUUCUCUAAGUAGCACUUGUCCGUCUAUUUUUGGUCUUACCCUGUGCAUUUCCAUAAAUCAGGCUCAAGGCUCAACGCCCGCAGGCGCAAAAGCAGCUCAAGGAAUACGAAGCUAUGAAAGCGAAGGUCGAAUCUGGUGAAGGGCAGGAUCCGGCAGUUAACGGAAAGGAGCAACUGGACCGCCUCGAGAAAGAAAUCGAGGAGAAGAAGGCGAAACAUGAGGAAUAGUACCUACUAAUUCUACAUCAGGGUAUUUGCUCACAAACAUUGAGAGUGCGCUGACCAUACGUAUCACAUCAGCAUGGAGGUAGAUAGUAGUGCUCUGUGUGUUGUGUCUAUCAACGACCAACUGAGAUUCAUUUUUUCUGGAUUUCGAAACAUAAAGCAUCUACACAGCUACACGCAGAUUAAGGCCUUGAAGGAGAAGCGGGAAAAGGCUCUUGACGGCGUGAAGGAUUUCAUCGAUAAAAAAAAGGCCUUAAAGGGUGAAAUCGAUGGGUUCAUCCAAACGCGCUCCGAAAUCCACGAGGAAAAGCGCAAGAUGCAGAAGGCGUAUUUGGCUCUUUUCUUUGUCAGCUACGAGUUAGCCUUUCCAUGCAAACUGGCUGGAAAGGGCACCUUUUCUUGACAAUAUUUCAGAGAUGCUGUAGUCGGUUGUGUGUCAGUUUUUAUCAUAUACUCUCGAAGGAAGCAGCUGGAUGUUCUGAGCAAAAUUUGACUUCGUCGAAGUUGUACGCGAGCAACAAAUUCCAUCUCCCCUUUCCUCUAUCCACAGUUUCAACCAGUGGGAGCAGGGUGAGAGAAAGAAGAAGCAGCAGCGCGCUGAGGAACAGCGCAAGUUGUGGGAAGCCGCUGCCGAAGCCGAGCGUGCACGCAAGGAACUCGAAAUGCCGAAUCCAUACCUGGACGAAACGACUCUGCUUGAGCAGACCAUCGAUUAUUUGCAGGGUACAGAGCGCCUUUGGGCCUAAAGAGAUUAACAUGCAGGAAAAAAGUUUUACCUAAAUCCUGUUCCUUAUUGACGAGGUGAACUCACCUUCUAAAUAUAUAAGAUAUAGUCGAUUAUCAAAACUUCCUAAUAGUCCUAUCUCGAUGAAGCCUAAUCUAGGUAUGCUUCCGAAGGAUGAGACCGCUGAGGAGGAAGAGAAGAAGGAUCUCUCCGCAUGCGCCCCGGCCGCCGGAGCCCGUGUUUUGCUGUCCAAGAAGGAUCGUGAUGUCGAAAUGUACUACGCAGCCACCAAGAAGAAGAGCCUCAAGAAGAAGGGUACUUACAUUUCGAUGAAGCUAUCAGAAUUAGGUUGGGCCUUCUCUAUCUUACGUAAUCUCGCACUUAAUGCCGUUUUUCCUGCACUCACGGGCCUUGCUUUUCCAUAAACAGCCGAAAAGAAGGGAGUCGCUAUCAAGCACACCGCUGACACUUUCGCUACUUUCGAGCAGUUGGGCGUGAAAGCUCCGCUCUCCACCGACGACUGCCCAGCUCUCCUCGCCGAUCUCAAGUCCAAGUUGGCUGGAUACAUGGAAAAGGUACAACAAGCACCAUGUUUGGUUUGAGAUUGAAAAUUCCAGACUAACAAUAGGAUUUCUUCUUUACUCUUCGAGGUUCGACAUCGUAUUCUAGAUUGUUUCUAUAACGCGUUGACCAUGUUUUCCUCCAUCGCAUGCGUUUCAGGUCAAGGUGUGGGAGGCCGAGCGUUCCGCGAAGGUCGAAGCCGUCAAACAGGCUGAAGCCGACGCUGCUGCGGUUGGUACCACCUCCACCACCGCGGAGGAGUAA